UCUCAAUAUCUCAUCUUCUUUAUUUAAAUCCCCCCAAUCCAAUCUCUUAUCAUCAGUACCCCAAAAAUACUGGAGACAGUUUUUCUCUGAACAAAAAGAAAAACACAGAGAAAGAAUCACAAAUGGCUGCAAAGGCUUCUUUGAUCAUAUUAUUAUUCUCAAUCAGCUGUGUUGCUGUUGUACAAUCAACAUCCAGCAGCUUCACUGAUGAAAAUCCAAUCAAACUAUUCUCAUCAGAUGAUUUUGAAUCUUCUCUUCUUCAGAUCAUUGGUGAUGCACGUCAUGCUGUCAAAUUCACUCGUUUCGCACUCAGGUUUGGGAAGAGGUAUGAGACAGUAAAAGAAGUGAAACUGAGAUUUGAGAAUUUUGUGGAGAGUUUGAGAUUGAUUCGAUCUACUAACAGAAAAGGACUUUCUUAUAAAUUAGCUCUUAAUGAAUUUGCUGAUAUGAGCUGGGAGGAAUUCAGAACACAAAAGUUGGGAGCAGCUCAAAACUGCUCUGCUACCUUAAAAGGGAGUCACAAACUAACUGACGAAGCCCUUCCUUUAACGAAAGAUUGGAGGGAAACUGGCAUUGUCAGCCCUGUCAAGAAUCAAGGUCAUUGUGGUUCUUGUUGGACUUUCAGUACAACUGGAGCUCUGGAGGCAGCAUACACUCAGGCAUAUGGGAAGGCCAUUUCUCUGUCAGAGCAGCAACUGGUUGAUUGUGCUGGAGAUUUCAACAAUUUUGGUUGCCAUGGAGGUUUACCCUCACAAGCCUUUGAGUACAUCAAAUAUAACGGUGGUCUUGAAACGGAAGAAGCAUACCCCUACACCGCUGUAGGUGGCAGCUGCAAAUAUUCUUCACAGAAUGAUGUUGUUCAGGUCAAAGACUCGGUCAACAUCACCCUGGGAGCUGAAGAUGAGUUGCAGCAUGCAGUGGCCUUUGUUCGUCCUGUUAGCAUUGCAUUCCAAGUGAUUAAAGGUUUCCGUCUCUACAAGGAAGGAAUUUUCACCAGCGACCACUGCGGUAGCACUCCCAUGGAUGUAAACCACGCUGUUUUGGCGGUAGGAUAUGGUGUAGAAAACGAUACCCCAUACUGGCUCAUUAAGAACUCAUGGGGAGCAACUUGGGGAGACAAUGGAUACUUCAAGAUGGAAAUGGGAAAAAACAUGUGUGGUAUUGCCACUUGUGCUUCUUACCCAGUUGUUGCAUAGUUUGGUCGCUAAGUUACUUUUCCGAGAAAAAAUAAUUGCUCGACUUCAAACUAUGUAAGGAAGAGUUCCUAUGUCUUUGUGAAUAAUUUAAGCUUGGUAAUGAGAAUAUAAUAUUUCGAUUCAGCACGAUAUAUAUAUAUAUAUACACGUUAGUUACAUAAUACAAGGUUUACAAUUUGCAUCAAGGAACAUUUGAAUGAAUGUAAGCAAGUGUAUGUAUAAUGAGUAUUAUCAGACCCGCUGUAAAUUUCCUUAAUCAUAUAACUGGUCUGAUAGAAGUCUCCUUUAAA